CGUUUGUAUAUACACAAUUAUAAAGGAGUUAUAUAAAUAAAUGUAUCCAUCUCGAAUGAUUCAUUCUGUGGGUCAUUCACUUAAAUCAGCUGAUAUUUGUUUACCAGUGAACAGAAUUUAUCUCGUUAUAAUGACAAUGAUACUGAUAACAAUGUAUUCUGAUAGGAUACAUCCUGAGUGACUUCAUUUACGUCGGUACUAACACAUCGGCGUUCCAUGAGAGAACACCAAUAACACGAAAUACAAUUGACAUAAUAAGUCAUUAUAUGAUAAAAUAACGAUUUUCAAUUAUAAUUUCCUUAUGCAAUCAGUGACAUCGUCUGUCGUGUUCUGAAAAACCUGUUCUUCGAUAUCGUACCGUGCAUAGGUUAGGAUACACGAGUCGUAAACAAGGCGGAACUAUCGUCGAAACAAUUGACGCGUGAGGCUAGUAUUUUUCAAACUGGAAAAUGACUGACGAGAAGACUCAGACGCAAGAGUUCAAAUUGGACCCGGACUGCGAAUUGCGUUUCGAAGUUGAAACGAAAAACGAGAAAGUAACAGUCGAGUUAAAAACUGGACUCGCGGAAGUAUUCGGUACGGAGCUGGUUAAAGGAAGGAAGUAUGAAUUCACAGCCGGUGCUAAGGUAGCGGUUUUCACCUGGCAAGGAUGCACAGUGGAACUCGUGGGGAAAACCGACGUCAGCUACGUGGCUAAAGAGACUCCGAUGGGUAUUUAUUUAAACUGUCACGCGGCGAUGGAAAGACUGAGGGAAGCAGCAGAAAAGGACGACACCAGAGGACCGAUAACUAUGGUAGUAGGUCCUUCCGACGUGGGAAAAUCGACACUCUGCAGGCUCCUGUUAAAUUACGCGGUCAGGAUGGGUCGCAGACCCAUCUUCGUGGACUUGGACGUGGGCCAGGGCCACAUAGCAAUUCCGGGCACCGUCGGAGCAUUGCUGGUGGAACGUCCUUCGAACGUGGUCGACGGUUUCAGCCAGCAAGCUCCCCUAGUCUUUCAUUUCGGACAUAAAACGCCUCAGGCUAAUAUAGCUCUUUACAAUUUACUCGUAACGCGUUUGGCUGAGGUCUGUUCCGACAGGCUGCAAGCAAACAAGAAAGCGAGAAUGUCUGGUAUCGUGAUAAAUACUUGCGGCUGGGUGAAAGGAGAAGGAUACAAAUUGUUGACUCACGCGGCUCAGGCGUUCGAAGUAGACGCGAUUCUAGUAUUGGACCAAGAGAGACUUUAUAACGAAUUAGUCAGAGACAUGCCGGAUUUCGUCAGAGUAGUGCUCCUGCCGAAAAGCGGAGGUGUUGUCGAGAGGAGUCAAGUACAGAGAACAGAGGCCAGGGAUCAGAGCGUCAGAGAGUAUUUCUACGGUUCCAGGACGCCGCUCUAUCCCCACAGCUUUGAAGUGAAGUGGAGCGAGGCUAGGUUAUAUAAAAUUGGAGCUCCGGUACUUCCAGCCUCGUGUAUGCCGUUGGGAAUGAAGGCGGAGGAUAAUUUAACGAAAUUGGUAGCUGUCACGCCUGGGCCGAACCUCCUUCAUCAUUUAUUAUCUGUAUCUUUCGCUGAUUCACCUGAAGACGACGUGGUGCAGACCAAUGUCGCCGGAUUCGUUUGCGUGACGAACGUCGAUGUCGAGAGGCAGACAUUUACAGUGUUAAGCCCGCAACCAAGGCCAUUACCAAACACAGUUUUAUUACUCUCAGAUAUUCAAUUCAUGGACAGUCAUUAAUUAAAUUAUUUUAUACAACAAUAGUAUAUUUUUAUGAUAUGUCAAUAAAUUCAAUAUAUAAGUCC